CUUUUUCCUUCAAAGUGCAGAUUGUGCAACCAUUAAAUGUUUCCGGAAUGCAAAAGACGCUAACUACGGAACAUUAGACCUAGGUGACAUAAUAUUAUUUUUUCCAACUAUAUUAUUCAGCUGGGUUUAGAGUCUUCUGCUGUAUUGUGUCAACAGAUGGCGCUGUGGGACUGUGGUCGCUUUGAGGAGAAGAAGGGGUCCAGGAAGUUUGAGAAAGCAAAACAACGUGGGUCAAAUAAACGUGUGUAUUUAAAAUGAAUGAAACUGCAAACAUGAAAUCUCAGGAAAAGCGUCCCAUUCUAUAUCUUGAAGUCUGUCAUGAGAAUGGAGAGCAUCGACUGCCUUUGCACACGUCUGUUGUCCUCUUCCUCCUGUCAUACUGCGAGUGCAAAUCCUUUAAGGUUUUCCUGGUAUCAUCCUCCACCAAGUCAGACACCUGUGAAUCCCUAAAAGAUCACCUGCCUGAGUUUUUGGAGGUGUCCCACGUGGGGCUGGAGUGUUUGCCCCCGCUGGUGAGGAGCUGCAGGCUGCCCUCUGUCCUGGAUGAGACUGGGAGGCUGUGCAGAGCUGGACUGGCUGUGGUACUUCGACAUAUCAUCAACAGGACCCUGGAGGCUGACUCUUCUAGAAAUGAUGUUCUGGCUCUACUGGGCUUCAAGAAGACCUGCCUGAAGGCCUGUGCUGAGGUUAGCAAGUGGACACGGCUUUGUGAACUGGGCAUCCCCUCUUCAGUUGAGGAACAUUUAAGAAAUCCUACCAGUGUAGAAACUCAGCUCCCUCUCCCCAUCCUCACCCUCGAACAGCGUCUGUCUGAACCCGUUAAAGUUCACAAUGACGACAAAAUCAGAAGACAGAAACUCAAGCAGCAAAAACAAAAUCAAACAACCAAAUCACCUGCUGGGACUUUGGACAGUAACCUUCCACAAUCCAAUGACAGACUAGAGCUAGAUGCUGCCCUCGCCAAGUUGUCAGUGGAUGCAGAUCCUAGGGCGGCCACUAGGGAGAGCUCUGACAUCAGGAAAGUAAAAACGACAGAACUGCCCCCUCUGGAACAUGUGUUUGCUGAGGGGCUGUACUUCACUUUGACUGAUGUGGUCCUUCUCCCCUGCAUCCAUCAAUAUCUGAAUUCUCUUCAAACUCACUCAGAGAAAGUUCUAGACCACCUGCCCCGCCUACUGCGCUGGUACAGCCGUGUCCAGGAGGUACCUGGAGUGCAGCGAGCAGCUAAUGCCUGUGGGAUCACCCUCUCCCCACCUCAGACCCCCCCUCAGAGCCCCCCUCCCCGUCCAUCAGACCCUGCGGCGGAGCACAGUUCGACCAGCCCACUGGAGUGUGAGGAGACCUGCCAACAGCUGCCGUUUGUUGGAGGCCCGAGGCCCACUCUGACCAAACUCAAAGAAAAUGGCAUUGAGGCUGUGUUCUUCCCCCAUCCCUGCCCUUCUUGGACCCUCCCGUGGGAGCAGUUGCCAGAGGCUAUCAACCCCACAGAAGGUAAAAUGUCAGACGUUCGUGCGCAGAGGAAGAGGCAACAGCUGAACAACUUGGUCGCCAUGGUUACUGAAUUAGCCCAACCUGGGAACACUAUUGUGGACUUUUGCAGCGGAACGGGCCAUGUGGGGAUUGUCCUGGCUCAUGCUCUUCCAGAUUGCCAGGUCAUUCUGAUUGAAAACAAAGAGGAGUCCCUGGUCAGAGCUCAGAGCCGCGGAGCUGAACUGGGUCUGCACAACAUUGGCUUUAUUCAGGCCAAUCUGGACUAUUUCACUGGACCCUUUCACAUCGGGAUACAGAAGUAA